AGUCUAGCCACAAUCCCCACAUGGAUACCUUUUUCGAUCCUUGCGUUACAUGAUGGCCUCACAUCUCUGGGUGGCAACCAGAGCAAAUACUCCGUUCUCUGCCUGCAGAUUCCAUCAGAAGCACAAUUGCGGGGAGCAUUGGGCUCAUCAGGCCUCCCUAAAAGACUUCGAACUAUGGUAACUGUGAGUCUACCAGCAUGCCGCGGGGUCUAUCCUAUCCGGUUUUCCUACGGUACCUUCCCCGAAUUUGACAGUCUAGCUCACCAUACAACUCGUACACACUGCUACAAUGGUAGAUCCAUUUUCCAUGAAGUUAUCUAUCUUUCAAGGGCUUCUUCAAGUUUAGUGAAAGGUGUUUCACUCUCAACGGAAUUGUUCCGAUUUAACCUUUACAAGCUUCAUCUUGUUGAAUGGUCGAUUACAACCUCAGCAUUUAACAUAACAAGUGGGUCUCUCUGA